UCCAUAGCGACGUGGUAACGUUCUCGCGAGACCUGCCCGCCUUGCUGGAGCCGCCAUGUCUACCGCUAUGAACUUCGGCGCCAAGAGCUUCAAGCCGCGGCCGCCGGACAAGGGCGCGUUCCCUCUGGAUCAUUUCGGGGAGUGCAGCGCCUUCAAGGAGCGCUUCAUGCAGUGCCUCCGGGACAGCGGCUUCGAGAGCGGCCCGUGCCGGCAGAGCGCUAUGGCCUAUCUGCAGUGCCGCAUGGACAGGCAGCUCAUGGCUGAUGAACCGCUGGAAAAGCUGGGAUUUAAGGAUCUGAUGGAUGAGAAGUCGGAAGCAGAAGGUGGGGAGCUGUGAUGGAGGAGGAGCUUUACCUCUCACAUGAACAGGAAAUGUGUCUUCUGUGUGGUACAUCCACCUGUAUAUUGCUAUAGGAAGUGCUUUGUGAAGGAGCCUUUGCUUCCAAAACAUUCUAUCCUCGAAUGGGAUCGUUCAAGCAAUUCAAAGCACUGCCUUUGUGUACUAUCCUGAGGUGUUUCUUAGCUUCCUCCUCUUAAAUUCUCCAUCCUGCUCUUAAUGAUCACUGAUACUGCUUCACAUAGCAGGUAACUGGUUGCCUGAGGUGUUCUGUGUGUCUGCAAGGACUGUAAGCUCUUGCAACAGCAACACAACAACCCUCCACCUCUGUGAACACCUCGUUAUUCUUAUGUAAGCAUUACUAAUGUGCUUACACCAGACACUUUUCAGGUGGAAAUAAAGCUGUAGUACCUGUAAAUUUCUAUUUCUUAAAUGAUGGUGUUAAUUUC